AUGAUCCUCUUAAACCCUCUAGUGGAUGGUUUUUGUCCAGAGAGGCUGACGGUUGUGCCGUCCCGUCGAGGAUGUUCUUCUGAUGAAGACUGCCCUGGAGGACACAAAUGCUGUCGAUUUGACUGUGGGCCUGUUUCAAUGAAGCCGGGUCAAUGUCCCCUACCAGAGAUGAUUCCACUUUGUGCUGAAAGCUGUUUCCGUGAUGGCCAGUGUCCUGCCACACAGAAAUGUUGCCCAACCACAGGUGGCUUUGCAUGCAGUGAACCACGUGGUCAGGGAAGAGGUCAGGGCCAGGGAAGCCGUCAGGGCAUGGGCCAGGGCUUUGGCCAGGGCAUGGGCCAGGGAAGCGGACAGGGAAGCGGCCAGGGCUUUGGCCAGGGCAUGGGCCAGGGAAGCGGACAGGGCAUCGGCCAGGGAAUGGGAAGCGGUCAGGGCAUCGGACAGGGAAGCGGUCAGGGCAUCGGCCAGGGAAGUGGUCAUGGCCAGGGCAUCGGCCAGGGAAGCGGACAGGGCAUCGGCCAGGGCAUCGGUCAGGGACAGGGAAGCGGUCAGGGAAUCGGCCAGGGAAGCGGACAGGGCCAGGGCAUCGGUCAGGGCAUCGGCCAGGGACAGGGAAGCGGUCAGGGUAUUGGCCAGGGCCAGGGAAGCGGACAGGGUAUUGGCCAGGGAAGCGGACAGGGCAUCGGCCAGGGAAGCGGUCAUGGUCAGGGCAUCGGCCAGGGAAGCGGACAGGGUAUCGGCCAGGGCCAGGGAAGCGGACAGGGUAUCGGCCAGGGCCAGGGAAGCGGUCAGGGUAGCGGUCAUGGUCAGGGCAUCGGCCAGGGAAGCGGACAGGGUAUCGGCCAGGGCCAGGGAAGCGGACAGGGUAUCGGCCAGGGCCAGGGAAGCGGACAGGGCAUCGGCCAGGGAAGCGGUCAGGGUAUCGGCCAGGGAAGCGGUCAGGGUAUCGGCCAGGGCCAGGGAAGUGGCCAGGGCAUCGGCCAGGGAUGUGGUAAAGGAAAUGGCCAGCGCUGUGGUUGGGGAAACUGUCAGAGAUGUGGUCACUGAAAUGGUCAUGGGACUUAACACUUACAGGAGAUCUUCAAUUCAGUGCUUUUAUUUAUGGCAUGUUUUCCCUGUUUGAUCAAACGGUUUAGAAAUAUUUUCUGCCCCCCCACCUCAAAUAAAAAGAAUUGCUUUAUUGAA